CGGGCGGCGGAGCCGGGGCGAGACAGGGGAGAGGGGAUCGCUGGGGGAGGGUGCGUUUCCCCAGAGCCUCUGCCCUGCACGAGAGAUGCCCCAGCGCCUGCCUUUGGUAGGUGAGGAAGGGACAGACUCCGAGGAGAGGGAAGGCAGUUCCAUAGAAGAGGCCAAAGAAAUCUUCACCCUGGCUUUUGUGAGAGAGAACACCGGGGCCCAAAAGGGCCUUCAGAAUGUCCAGCAGCAAGGCAAGAAGAAGAGGAAGAAAAAGAGAUGAUUGGUGAUCAAUCUGUCCAACUGCCGAUACGACAGUGUGAGGAGGGCCGCCCAGCAGUAUGGCCUUCGAGAGGGCGGGGAAAAUGAUGACUGGACCCUCUACUGGACUGACUACUCAGUGUCACUGGAGCGCGUGAUGGAAAUGAAAAGCUACCAGAAAAUCAAUCACUUCCCUGGGAUGAACGAGAUCUGCCGCAAGGACUUGCUGGCCAGGAACAUGGGCCGCAUGUUGAAGAUGUUCCCUAAAGAUUUCCACUUCUUCCCCAGGACCUGGUGUCUCCCUGCCGACUGGGGAGAUUUGCAGAAGUACAGCAGGUCAAGAAAAAAUAAGACAUACAUUUGCAAGCCGGAUUCAGGCUGCCAAGGAAGAGGUAUAUUUAUCACCCGGACAGUGAAAGAAAUCAAACCAGGGGAGGAUAUGAUCUGUCAGCUCUAUAUUUCAAAGCCCUUUAUCAUCGACGGGUUCAAGUUUGACCUCCGGAUUUAUGUGCUGGUGACGUCCUGUGACCCUCUCAGGAUUUUUGUGUACCAUGAAGGACUGGCCCGCUUUGCCACCACCUCUUACUCCCACCCCUGCACAGACAACCUGGACGAUAUCUGCAUGCAUCUCACUAACUAUUCCAUCAAUAAGCACAGUUCUAACUUCGUUCAAGACGCUCAGUCUGGCAGCAAGAGGAAGCUCUCCACAUUCAACACGUUCAUGCGGAGCCAUGGAUACAACAUUGAGCAGAUAUGGAGAGACAUCGAGGACGUGAUUAUCAAGACGAUCAUCUCAGCCCACCCCAUCAUCAAGCACAACUACCACACCUGCUUCCCCAACCACACUCUCAACAGCGCCUGCUUUGAAAUCCUGGGCUUUGACAUUUUACUGGACCACAAACUCAAGCCCUGGCUGCUGGAGGUCAACCACUCUCCUAGCUUCUCCACCGACUCGUGGUUGGACAAAGAGGUGAAGGACAGUCUGCUGUAUGACACCUUGGUCCUGAUCAACCUGGGAAGCUGUGACAAAAAGAAGGUCUUAGAGGAGGAGAGACAACGGGGACGGUGUCUGCAGAAAUGUCGUUCUCGAGAGAACAGGAUUGAGGAAGUCAGGAGCUUCCGAGCCAUGCGGGUAGAGAAAACAGAGAAGUAUGAGAAGGAACACUGCAGGGGCUUCCGUCUGAUCUACCCCAGUCUCGUCUCCGACAAGUAUCAGAAGUUUUUCCAAGACAACAACUCCCUCUUCCAGAAUACUAUUGCUUCCAGGGCUCGGGAGCUAUAUGCCCGGCAGCUGAUCCAGGAGCUGAGACUCAAACAGGAGAAAAAGUCCUUCCAUAUGAAAGAGAAGAAGGUGGAGCUGCAGGGGGAGUCAGUGGGCGAACAGUCGAGAGGGAAGAGCGUGAGGAGCUGGAGACAGCAGCAACGGCAGAAGUUCAAGACCACCGCCCACACCGCCAAACAAUACUUGAACCCAGUGACAUUAGUGACCCACAUACCUGAAUUGUGCUUGAAUGUCAAAGACAUAAAGAGAAAGGACAGCAGCCUCAACCAGGAGGCCCUGAGGAGGGAGACUGGCUCCACGCUCCACAAGCUUUCAUCUGUGCGGCAUUACCGAUCUGUACCUGACCUAAGGACCUCAAGCCUUCUCAGUGGCUCUGGGCUGGAGCCCAAUAAACCCAACUCCAGAGUAAGGGAGGCCAGGUCUACUUCUGCAGUGAACAUCUUCAGCACUAUGACUUUAACCCCACUAGAAACCUUCCCAGAAUCCACGACCCAUGUCCCAGACUCCCCUGAGUCUCCGCGGAGCCUGACCACUACCACCACCAGCUCUGAAUGCAGUAGCCCACAGUUGGACAGGACGGUCUCCCUUAGGUGCAGGCAAAAGCAGAUCGCCCAGGAUCACGUCCAGGGCAAAAUACCAAGACUUUCUUUGCCUAUAAAAUUCCACCGCUUCUCAGAGAGUCUGAACCCAAACUGGACCUUGCGAAAGAGUGGCAGCAAGCAGCAGCAUCUGAUGUCAGAGCUAUUCACCAAGAUUCAAAUAAAGGAGAAGCUGUCCUUAUUCCCAGCUCACUGCAGCCCGAAGCAGAGGCUGGGUCACCUGCCACAAAACCACUUCCUGCCCCCGGAGAGCUACUUGCGAAAUCGAUUCUCUGUCAAGAAGAGGCGGCCGCCCAUGUCCUCGCUUCUCCUCUUGCAGAGUUCUCAGAGCCGGGAUGUUUCCCUGCGGGACCUGCUGGUGGUCGCCACUCCAGCCCGGCUGGACCCAAGGCCUGGAAGGAGCCAUAUAGGUGCAGCGAGGGACCCGUACACUCAGGAUCAGAAAGAACACAGUCACUGCCUGGUCUCCGGCCAAAAGGGAGGUGAGAGGAACUAG